GCAAACAACGAGCAUGUAACACACGGGACCUGGCGGCCCAGUCUCCCCGUGUUCGUGCUGCACUCUGCUAUCCGUUUAUCCGUUCGCUCGCGUGUGUUAGACAUUUAUCAUCCGUGAAGGCAGGAUACAAGAUCAGCUGUUAUCAUGGACCCGGAAGCAUUUUUGGAUGUGGCCAAUCAGGUCAUCAAGCUGAAAAUGUUUCCGUUUUUUGAUAUUGCUCACAGUUUACUUGCCGCGCUGGCCGUGCGCGAGGACUUGGGCGCCAAUGCACAGGCCUUCUCCCGUAAGCAUCCAUUGGCCUGUUGGCUAUCGACCAUGCUGGUCAUCUUUGCCGGUGGCAUGGUGGCCAAUGGCCUGCUCGGUGAACCCAUAUUGGCACCAUUGAAAAACACCGGCCAACUAUUGGUGGGCACAGCCGUGUGGUACGUUGUGUUCUAUACGCCAUUCGAUAUUGGUUACAAGGUGGCCAAAUUCCUGCCCGUGAAAAUCGUGGCCAGCGCCAUGAAGGAGAUAUAUCGGGCAAAAAAGGUCUACGACGGUGUGGGACAUGCGGCCAAGCUGUAUCCGAAUGCCUGGAUAAUAAUGAUCAUCAUUGGCACACUGAAGGGCAAUGGCGCUGGAUUCACCAAGCUGAUUGAGCGCCUCAUUCGUGGCGCAUGGACACCAACGGCCAUGGAAUUCAUGCAGCCAAGCUUCUACACCAAGGCUUCACUGCUGGCCUCGAUCAUCUUUGUGUUGGACAAAAAGACGGACUGGAUCUCAGCACCGCACGCACUGGUGUACUUUGGCAUUGUUAUAUUCUUGGUGUACUUUAAGCUGUCUUCCAUUUUGCUGGGCAUACACGAUCCCUUCCUGCCAUUGGAGAAUCUGGGCUGUGCCAUCUUCUUUGGCGGCAUUUGGGAUAGCUUGGCAAAGAUAUUGGGCCGCGGCCAGGCCAAGGAUGGCGACAGUAAAGAUGUUAAGAAGAACAACUAAAACAUUAUUUUGUAGUUAGACCAAACACAAACGUAAUCAAUCAUCGCUGCCAAACCAAACGCACAGACAUAUUAGCAUUAGCGUCCAUCCAUCCCAUCCCAUAUGUAGAUCGAUCGAUUGUACGAUUUCGAGAGCAGAGCCAAAGCCAAAGACAUUUUUCUUUUGUGUGUGAGAAGGAGUAUCUAUCACUCUCGAUGACCAGCACCCAGUGUGGGUGUGUGUGUGUGUGUGCUGCUGGCCAUCGAUUUGUGAUUUAAGAGACCCCAUAAAUUUUUGUAUUUUAAUUGUAUUACAAAUUGGUAGGAUUAAUUAUGGGACAGAACUACAUACACAUACAGACUAACAACAGACUUAAAUGCCAUAUACAACACACUUCAUUAACGACAUUUACGACUUGAACGACAGACGAUGCCAUGCCGCCAACAAGGGGCAGUGAGGCAGAAGGAGUGUGCGCUUAAGCAACGAACGAAAAAUGUGUACAUAAAUAUAUUUGCAGCAGCAGAGUGCAGCAGCAGCAACAGGAGAAAGUGUCCGUGUUUCUUCUCGCUCCUAUAUAUAUAUUUUAUUUUUAUUUUUUUUUUAAAAUACAUUUUAAGAGUGUUUUUUUUUAGGGCCAACUUUGAACACGCAUUCAAAAGCUGAUUUUGAAGGCUUAAUUAUUUUUUUUUUGUAAGAGGUAUGAAUGUUUAUUGGUUGCAAUAAAAAAAUAUGUAAACU